GUGGGGGACGAGAUGUCCCCGGGAGGUGAUGGUUUUCUGGGUGUUUUAGACCCUCCGUUUACGUCCACGAAUCCCUUACGAAGUGCCUAUUCUCUUGGCUUCUCCACACUGAGAUGUCCUCGGGAGGAGGUGAUGGUGGGGGACGAGAUGUCCCCGGGGAGGUGAUGGUGGUGGUAGGGGACGAGAUGUCCCCAGGAGGAAGAGAUCGAGAACUAUCGCACAAGUGGAUCCAUGACGCAGAGCGCACGAGAUCUCGCGGGUACGCAACCUCUCCAAGAUACAAAUGGGGAGGUUUGAGCUGGAGCCAUGGUACUUCUCGCCCUACCCGGCGGGAGUACACAGAGGAAGACGUUGUCUUCAUCUGCGAGUUUUGUCUCAGCUACUACGGCUCGGCGCGGCGAUUCGAGCGGCACAGGGGGAAAUGCCCUCUGCUCAUCCCUCCCGGAAACGAAAUCUACUACGCAUCGCAAAUUUCAGCUUCUUCGAGAUCGACGGCCGCCGCCUUUACUAUGUUAUCUUCACUUUGUACUUAGACUGAGGCUUGCACUUAAACAUAUCAUUGAGGAUCUUUCGC